UCUUGCGGUCGUCGUCGCGUAAUCUAUCUCUUUCUUUCACUCACUAAAAUCGGCCGCGAGGUGUGGUGUUGUGCUGAGCCAGUUAAAUAAAAUCCAAAAAAAUGGCAAUCGGAGACGUAAAAUCUCAACAGGGUCUCGACGAGUUGAACAAAUAUUUAGCUGAGAAAAGUUAUGUGUCCGGAUACACUCCUUCUCAAGCUGAUGUUCAAGUAUUCGAGGAAGUAGGAAAGGCACCGGCCGCUAGUUUGCCUCACGCUCUUCGCUGGUACAACCAGAUCGCUUCCUACACUCCAGCUGAACGCAAGUCGUGGGAGCAAGGAGUGAGCCCCCUCAGCGCUGGAGCUAAGCCCACAGCAGCAGCGCCUGCCGCUAAAGACGAUGAUGAUGAUAUUGAUCUAUUUGGAUCUGGAGAUGAAGAAGAGGAUGCAGAGGCAGCCAAGAUCCGUGAAGAACGUCUACAGGCAUAUGCAAACAAAAAGUCUAAGAAACCAGCCCUUAUUGCUAAAUCCUCUAUCCUCCUUGACGUCAAACCAUGGGAUGAUGAGACAGAUAUGAGUGAGAUGGAGAAACUUGUAAGAACCAUUGAAAUGGAUGGCUUGCUGUGGGGAGCUUCCAAGUUAGUUCCAGUUGGUUAUGGUAUCAACAAACUACAGAUUAUGUGUGUCAUUGAAGACGACAAAGUAUCUGUGGACCUUCUCACUGAAAAGAUUCAGGAGUUCGAAGACUUUGUCCAAUCUGUUGACAUUGCCGCCUUCAAUAAAAUCUAAAAUGCCAUCUUAAGUUUAUUUAUUUUCUUUUAAAAUAAAAUCAAUUUUUUCAUUACAA